AUGAGAUUUCUGGGUGAAACGAUUAUACCUGAAGGAUUUUAUUGUCUUUAUCACAAGAAUCUGUAUUCUCACUCUUCUCACACUGAGGCAGUGGAGUUUUUCCGAGAAACUGAAAUGGAUGAUUUCACUGAUCGCUUCCUUUCAUCACAAACAUGGCCAGAUGCAAAUACAUCUGCACGGUCAUCUUGGGUUGGCACUGCUGUAUCUCAGACAACUAGCUUACUUGCUGGUUCGUUGGAAGCAUAUGGAGACGGAAAGAACCCACCCAUAUGUGUGAUACCUUCAAGUCAUAUCAUUGGGAAUGCAUGCACAGAAGACUUAAAUCUUCAAAGCCAUGAUAGCACCUCUUCCUUCUUUGUUCAUGGAAAUACCACAUAUGGCAUUGAUAAGGGCAUGUUUCCUGGUGAGAAAUUAUCCAUGCAUAAGCUACAUAGAGAAAACUCGCAACCAUCCCUCCAGGAUAAUAUGACACAGGAAAGUGGUUUCUCACUACUGGGGGUUAUUGAGAGUAAUUUAACAGCAGGAACAUUUGGCUCAGACUUGAAUCCAUCAUGCUCUGUAGCAUUUCCUCAUAGCUCACUGACAGUGUCUACUUCAAUUGAGAGCAAUGGUGGCGAAUUAUCUGCCUUCACACAGUCACUUGGAGAUGCCCAUUCAAUUUCUUCACUUCCAUUAAUGUGGCCUUCAUCAUACACAGGUGUUUCUUCUUUAAUGGGACAGGGGAGACUACAAGCAUGUGGUUUCCAAGAGUUGGAAAGUGAUAAUGUUAUAUUGAGGAAAACAUGUGUUGAGAAUGGCAAGUUUGCACAGCUGGAUGAUUUGCCCGCUGCAUCUGUCCAUGAACAUAAUGAGCUUCACAACCCUAAUUUUCCUUCUUUCAGUGGUGGACAACAGAUAAAAAUGAUUGGUGGUGAUUCGCAACAACAAGAGCGAAAUGGGUUACACCACCUUUGUUUGCCCUCUUUGGCUUCUCGGCCGCAAAUGUCAUCAACUAAAACAGCAGGAAUACAGAUGUGUCAACAGUUGCCACCAUCUACUGAAGGAAAUACUAGCAAGCAUCACAUGAAUCAUUCUUCUAGUACUCAAACACAAUCAACUCCAUCUAAUGCUGGUGGUUGCAAUGAAGCUGUCAAGCCACGUGUGAGAGCACGCCGUGGUCAGGCCACAGAUCCUCAUAGUAUUGCAGAACGGGUUCGGAGAGAAAAAAUUGCAGAAAGAAUGAAGAAUCUGCAGGAGCUUGUGCCAAAUUCAAAUAAGGCAGAUAAGGCAUCAAUGCUUGAUGAAAUCAUUGACUAUGUCAAGUUCCUUCAGCUGCAAGUCAAAGUAUUAAGCAUGAGUCGGUUGGGUGCCGCUGGAGCAGUUGUCCCCCUACUCACAGAUUCUCAAGCUGAGGGCAAUCUGCUCCUAUUAGCGUCACCAUCGGUCGUGCUGGGAACAGAUCUAUCUGAGUCGCAGGAUAGCUUAGCCUUCGAGCAAGAAGUUGUUAAGCUGAUGGAGUCCAAUGUCACCAUGGCAAUGCAGUACCUUCAGACCAAAGGCCUCUGUCUCAUGCCAAUUGCUCUUGCCACUGCAAUAUCUGGUCAGAAAGGCUCCUCUUCCAGUGCCAUUCCACCUGACAGAAGGAAACCUGAUGUGAGCCAUGGGGUGAUCUGCCCAAGCAACCAAUGCAUCAUGGAGAGGACUGGUUCAGAAGAUGGACCAAAUGGUUGCAACGGGCCUGUUGUUAAAGGGGCUCAGAAACCAGUAGGCAACGCAAAAAUGUUGAAACCCAAGGCAUGAAAGCUAACUUGGAAUUUCCCUUUCAUUUCUAAUUUGUUUGCUUUUGGAACUUAAGUUUGAUCAGUAGGCUGAUAUGCUUAUUCGGCAUACAUGUGGAUGUCCAGAUAAAUAUUUUGUAUACCAUUCAUGUACAUGUAUGUUGAUACAUGUAUUUAUAGUAAGUAAAUAAAUUUAUUGGUAUAGAUUUAAUGAA